GCCAGCUGUGUUCUGUAUGCCACUCGGCUGCACCCUUGGGAGGUGUGCGCAUUGAAAGGGAGGCCUCUAGAUCUGAGCCGCAAAGACGCCCGCUCCAGCCAGUCCAGCGGCAGGACUCCCUGAUGCCUAGACCCUGGGAGCAUUAUGGAUUUGACUAAAAUGGGUCUGAUACAGCUCCAGAACCCCAGCCACGCCACGGGCCUCCUGCAGAAAGCCAACCAGAUGCGCCUGGCGGGGACCUUGUGUGACGUGGUGAUCCUGGUGGACAGCCAGGAGUUCCACGCUCACCGGACCGUGUUGGCCUGCACUAGUAAGAUGUUUGAGAUCCUGUUCCACCGCAACAGUCAGCAUUACACCUUGGACUUUCUCUCGCCAAAGACUUUCCAGCAGAUCCUGGAGUACGCCUACACUGCCACCUUGCAGGCGAAAGUGGAGGACUUGGAUGACCUCCUGUACGCCGCUGAGAUCCUGGAGAUCGAGUACCUGGAGGAGCAGUGCUUGAAGAUCUUGGAGACCAUCCAGGCCUCCGAAGACAACGACACUGAGGUCAACAUGGCCGACGGCGCCGCCGAAGAGGAGGAGGAGCGGAAGCCCAAAUACGUGAAGAAUAUUCUCAUCUCGAAGCAUUCCAGUGAAGAGAGCGGCUACUCUAGCCUGGCCAGCCAGGGCUUGACGGGGACGAUGGUGGAGCAGAGCCCUUCCGUCUCCACCUCCUUCGGGCUGUCCGCCAUGAGUCCCACGAAGGCGGCCGUGGACAGCUUGAUGUCCAUCGGCCAGUCGUUGCUGCAAGGGGCUCUGCAGCAGAACGCCCUCGAGGACUCCCACGCGGCCAGCGGACGCCGCCCGAGCGUGUCCGAAGUGAAAACCGAAGCCAUGCAGGUGGAGGAGACCUUGAGCCACGAGAGCCCCAGGACGGCCGACCUGGGCACUUCCGCCGGGGACAAGGCCGACGACAAGGGUAAGCAGGGACCCGGCACCCCGACCCGCAGCAGCGUCAUCACCAGUGCCCGCGAGCUUCACUACACCCGGGACGAGAAUGUGGAGCAGCCCCCAGAGGCCAUCCCGGGCACGCCGGUCGGGCCAGAGCUGAUGGUGUCUCACGGCGAGAAGCCGAUGGGCCUCUAUUCGGUGCUCCCGAACCACAAAAGUGACUCCAUGCUCAGCAUCCCCGCCUCCAUGGUGCCCGGGCUGCACAUGCAGCCAGCCCUUGCCGUCUCCAUGGACUUCAGUGCCUACGGGGGCCUCCUGCCCCAGGGCUUCAUUCAGAGGGAGCUGUUCAGCAAGCUCGGGGAACUGGCGGUGGGGAUCAAGACCGAGGCCCGAGCCCUGGGGGAGCACUGCAGCGUCUGUGGGGCGGAGCUGCCCGACAAUGAGACGGUGGAACAACACAGUCUCUCAAAGACCUUCUUCCGUAUCCGCUAG